AUGCUGGCAACCGAGGGAUCCAAGGAGGUAGAGGGAGAAGCUGAGGGGCCCCUGCUGGAGCUGAUGGAGGACGAGACUGGAGCUUAUCAAAAGCUCCAGGAAAGCAAUGGAAAGAUAUUCACAGAGUUCCUGGAGCCCUUUGAGAGAGUAAUCCAACCAGAGGAGCUAUGGCUCUACAAAAACCCCUUGGUGGAGUCAGACCACAUCCCUAAGAGGGUCAUGUUCGCAAUUUCGUUUCUCACUCCUUUGGCUGUGAUAUUCGUGGUGAAGAUCAUUCGGCGGACAGAUAAGACAGAAAUCAAGGAAGCGUGUCUAGCUGUCUCACUGGCUCUAGCCUUGAAUGGAGUCUUCACAAACACUAUCAAGUUGAUCGUUGGCAGACCCAGGCCAGACUACUUCCAGCGUUGUUUCCCAGAUGGACAGGUGAAUGUUAAGAUGCUGUGCACCGGAGAACCAUACCUGGUGUCAGAGGGACGCAAGAGUUUCCCAAGCAGCCACUCUUCUUUUGCAUUCUCUGGCUUGGGCUUCACCUCCUUCUACCUGGCUGGGAAGCUGCAUUGUUUCACGGACCAGGGCCGCGGGCGCAGCUGGCGUCUGUGUGCUAUGUUGCUGCCCCUCUACAGUGCUGUGAUGAUUGCCCUGUCCCGCACCUGCGACUACAAACACCACUGGCAAGAUGCCUUUGUUGGAGGGGUGAUCGGCCUGCUCUUUGCCUACAUCUGCUACCGGCAGCACUACCCCCCGUUCCUGCACAUGGACUGCCAUCUACCUUAUGCCAGUCUGGCCAAAGCCCCCCACCACGUCUCUGCCCAUGUCGAUCCCCUGGUCCUGCCCAUCGAGAACACCACCAACAUGCCUCUGAAGGGGCUGACAGUGGGGCCUGUAUGACUCCUGCCCACCCCUACACCCAGACCUGGCCCCUAGCCUCACACCCACCCACCCAAUGAGCACCUCACCCCCUCUCACUCACACAGACUGAGAUGUGGACAAUAUAUGUACCCUCUCUCCCACUCACAACCUUUCUCCCAGCCUCUCGCCUUCCUCCAUCCUCGCUCUUUGUUUGUUUUACCUGCCUGAAUCAGGAGCAUUUGGUUGGUCUACAUUUAGAGAGUCUUUGUAUGUGUAGGAAUAUAGGACAACACUGCUGGAGCAAAAAGGCAAUACAAAUGUGAAAAAAGGAAAUUAAGAGCCAGUUGCGUGAAAUCAACAUAAAACUGACAUACAGUGUCUUCGGAAAGUAUUCAGACCACUUGAAGUUUUACAUAUUUUAUUACAUUACAGCCUUAAUCUAACAUGGAUUUUAAAAAGUAAUUCCUCAGCA